CUCGCCAGCAGCCAAGCUGCCCAGCCCAACCAAAAAAAAAACCGGCAGCCUGACCAACCGCGCUUGCUCGCUCGACGCUCCCCCUCGCUUCCUCCGCCAGCGGCCAGCCAGCCGGCGGCCACUCUCCACGCAUCUGCAUCCGCAUGGCUCUCCACGCGGCGGCGCCGGCAUGCGCGGUGUUCUGCCGCCUCCCGUCGUCCUCCCCUUCUCACGACGCCGGCGGCAGGCGCUCCCUCCCCGCCGUCGCGAGGCCCCGCGGCGUCGUCUCUGCCGCGCCGCUGCGGACACGCGCAGUUCGAACAAAGGCAACCUUCAGUGAUGGCGUCCCUGAAACGAGCAAUUCUCCACAUGUGGUCUGCUUUGGUGAAUUGCUAAUUGACUUCGUCCCAACUGUCAAUGGCUUGUCACUGUCAGAAGCACCAGCCUUCAAGAAGGCUCCUGGGGGUGCACCUGCCAAUGUUGCAGUUGGAAUAGCUCGUCUUGGUGGCUCUGCAGCUUUCAUUGGAAAGGUUGGUGAUGAUGAAUUUGGCUACAUGCUAGCUGAUAUAUUGAAGCAGAAUAAUGUAAAUAAUCAAGGGUUACUAUUUGAUCCUCAUGCUAGAACAGCUUUGGCAUUUGUGACACUCCGAAGUGAUGGUGAACGUGAGUUUAUGUUCUAUCGUAAUCCAAGUGCUGAUAUGCUACUUGAAGAAAAAGAACUUGACCUUGAUCUUAUACAGAAGGCAAAAAUAUUCCACCAUGGCUCGAUAAGUCUUAUAACUGAGCCCUGUAAAACUGCACAUAUUGCAGCUGCCAAAGCUGCUAAAGAUGCUGGAGUACUUGUUUCAUACGAUCCAAAUUUGAGGCUUCCAUUGUGGUCAUCAGCUGAGGAUGCUAGAGAUGGUAUCCUAAGCAUAUGGGAAACUGCUGAUGUUAUCAAGAUAAGUGAAGAGGAGGUUUCCUUUCUUACAAAUGGGGAGGAUCCUUAUGAUGAUGCCGUUGUAAAGAAACUUAUCCACUCAAACCUGAAGUUGCUUCUUGUCACUGAAGGUCCAGAUGGCUGUAGGUAUUACUCUAAGGACUUUAGUGGUAGAGUUGGUGGACUUAAGGUAAGUGCUGUUGACACAACUGGUGCUGGCGAUGCCUUUGUUGCUGGAGUGCUAUCUCAAUUAGCCACAGACUUUUCACUGCUCCAGGACGAAGGUCGGUUGAGAGAAGCCCUGAAGUUUGCAAACGUCUGUGGAGCUCUCACUGUGACAGAGAGAGGCGCUAUUCCUGCGCUGCCCACCCGACAACAAGUGCUUGAUGCCCUGACCGAUGUUGUUGCUUGACGUAGCCGCCGUGCACUCCUGCUUGUUGUGUAUAGUAAUCUGGACUGGCCUGAGCAGCACCAUGUUGAUAGAUUAUAGGCGUGAUUUCGUUCGCAUACAUACCACUUGGGAUUUGGCAUUUUUGUUGGUGCAUACCAAGCCCCCAACCAAACCAAGAAGUAAAGUAACCCAGUGCAAGAGGCUGUUUCCUGUCGGAUUUUGACGUGUGAAGUUGGAUGUUGGGACAUGGCGUUAACAGUUUAUCUGUGGGCAUGUGUGUUGUAAUGCUGCUGGGGGAAAAAAAUAACAUACUAGACCAUGACACAACGGAGCAGUCUGGCUCCUGAAAACAUGCGUUAUGCAAUAUAGUGUGAUUGAGUGCAUACUGGGCCCAAUUUGGGUUGAUUCA